UGUUGCUCGCGGCAGGAGUUCCUACUUCCUCAUUGGAGGGGAUGAAAACUUAACCGCUGUCAAGCCCAGUGAACUUUUUUUUUCUUUACUUGUGCUUCAAGUGCGUUUAAUUCCAUUCCACUUUUAUACUCGCAAAUGUCCAAGCCUCCUCCCAAGCCGGCCAAACCAGGCCAAGUGAAGGUGUUCAGAGCUGAGUACACCUUUGACCCCAGAACGCCUGACGAACUUUACUUUGAGGAAGGAGACAUCCUCUACAUCUCUGACACAAGUGAUUGUAACUGGUGGAAAGGAACAUGCAGAGGCAGGACAGGACUUAUUCCACGCAACUAUGUGACGGAACAGGCAGAGUGUAUCCACCAUCCCAUGCACGAAGCUGCCAAACGAGGGAAUCUUAGCUGGCUGAGGGAAUGUGUGGAGAACAAGGUGGGAAUCAACGGCUUGGACAAGGCGGGAAAUACUGCCCUCUACUGGGGAUGUCAUGGAGGACAUAAAGAUGUCGUGGAGCUGCUACUCAACCAGCCCAACAUCGAGCUCAACCAACAGAAUAAGCUUGGGGACACGCCUCUGCAUGCUGCCGCCUGGAAGGGUUAUUCCGACAUUGUGGAGAUGUUGCUGAACAAGAAUGCGCAGACAGACAUCAGGAACAACGAGAACAAGCUGGCUGUUGAGAUGGCCACCAACGAUCUCUGUGCCACACUUCUCAAAAAGAAGCUGGCAAGCAGUCACACCCGCACGCAAAGCCACGCUGAGGAGUAUUUGGAUGACGAGGACUCGGACUGAGGAGUCCAGAGGGGUUUUAACACAUACUUCAGAUGGACUUUGCUGCCUUCGUGUUUUGUUACAGAAACUCUAUUUGAAUCUUCUGUCUUAAUUCCCCCCCUGCUGCAUCACAGCAGUGCAAACAUUAAAGAAAACUGUCCUUCUGGGACCAAAAGUCACAUUCCACCUAGUUGGUGCUGCUAGUGAGUCAUGCAGGUAACAUUUGCUGCAUCCUUUCUUUGAUUUAUGUGUAUCUUUAUUAAAUAAAAUCUAGUCAUGAAACAUUUCCACUGACCAUCUUCCAUCACUUUCUGCCUUUAAAAAAAAUCAUGUAAAAUACUUUGAUGGCUACUUGGGAGAAACAUCUUGCUGCUUUAUGACAAAUGUUUAGGAAAAAAAGUGCCUUAUAUAUAUGUGAAACUGUUUUGUUUGCAGGUGUGACGUGUAUUUUCUUUCCAUAACUUGACUUGUUCUUUCUACCUGCUUCUAUCUGGAAUUAAAGAGUUUUAACAUAA